GAACGACUAAUCGAUUCAUCGCUUGAGUCCACCAAAUCGGUUUCGGGUUUUGGUAAUCGAAUAACAGAAACGAGAGUGGUUCUUUACACGGCGAUUGUCAGUCGUGUGCACGAGCAACCUGUACUCUAAUUUCCUCCUUUGUUUUCUCUCAUUUUGAUGCGGCCUCGGCGGCACUUUUCUUGUUGCCAGCGAUACAGGGUUUCACUAUGCAGCAGCAUUUUCGACAAUUUAAGGAUUUGCCAAGAAAUUUGAGCAAGGGUUUCUUUGAAGCUCAGGCAUCAAGCCAAACCUCAUGAAUAUGGAUAUCCUUCUGAACCACACACAAGUGGCCAUACCUUGGCAAUCUCAAGCUACCACACCCCUGGCGUGAUAAUGGUACACUCCCGAUGACUAUGGGGCGGGCUUUAUCAUUCUCUUAUCAACUGCGGAUGGCACGUGACCACCGCAACUUCAAUAGCUGAGUGUGCUGCUGGUGCAGAGCGACGUUAGCUCACAGACGCGAGAACGUGUACAGCCUUCCUGAGCCAGAUGCGACCGUGUAUGUGAGCAGACGGUACCGCUGUGGAAAAAAGGGCGGGAGAGAUGUGAGGGAAUGUGGUAAUAUCGGCAUAUCGAGGCGCCGUAGUGGAUCUCUGAACUCAAGUGUGCCAGGACCUGUUGGCUUAUGUACUUACCCAACACAUCACUGUUGUCCAAAAGAAAAAAAUACAUAGCCAUGUCCCGGACAACUGUGGACAAAUUCUGAAUAUUACAGAGGCAGAGAGGAAGGACAGCCGAUUAGAGUUUCUGGAUUUGCACAGAUGGUAGAGGGAGGAGUACGGCGUUCCCAACAUUGGAUGAUUCCUCACACAGCUUCAGCCCCGCUGCAACCUUCCAAAACCAGGCAAGGAGAAAAGGCGUUCAUGAGUAAUUCACAAGGGGACAAAUAUCCCAAGAAGGUAGCUGCUUCAAGUAUGGACGGAGUUCCCCUGGCCGGUAUAAUAGUGGGCUCGAUCUGCGGGGCUGCCGUGCUGGCUGGUGUCAUGUUCCUACUGUACCGUGUCUACAGGAGAAAAUGCGGGGGACGAUCUAAGUACGAACGCCUCAGCGGCUACGGCAAGAAGACGGCGCCUGCCGUGCAUAUUGAUGGCAAGAGUUUGGCCACGCCGACAGUCAGCCUGAAAGCCGUACCUUUUACCUUGCCUCCUGCCCCCAGCACAAGGGAUCGGAUGGCAACUUUUAACUACCCCCUGGGGAUAAACUCCCCCUGUCGCGAGAGCCUGGAUCAGCCCGACACGCGGGCCACGGAGCGCCGGCCGUCCAUAUCGACCGACCGCCGGCCUUCCUUUAGCGACCGCCUCCCGCCAAGUGUGCCCCUAGCUGACCGGGAGCGUCGACCGUCAGUGGUCGAGGACACCAACGGGAGAAGGGACAGCGUAAGCGGUCUUAGUGUAUGUAGCGACUCUACUGAGGGUGGCGGAUCCCCGACCUACGGUAACUCUCGCACGGGAUCCAGACGAUCUUCCUUAGCCGAAGUGAUGAGUCCAGCAGGUGCCUUCGUGCUAGGUGGCCUCAACCCCGACCUCUACCGUCUGGAAGAUGAAGAGGACGAUCUGGACUUCCCCGACGACCAUAUUGGUCGCAUCUGGCUGGCCGUGGAGUACGAGAUGGAAUCAGAACGCCUUGUUGUCUCCUUGAUCAAAGCUAAGAACCUUCCUAGCCGGGUACGAGGCAGCGUCAACCAAUGCGACCCCCUGGUGAAGGUCUUCUUGCUACCGGAGGAAAGGCGCCACUUACAGUCCAAGGUCAAACGAAAAACUACCAAUCCAAAGUUCGACGAAAGUUUUGUCUUCCAGGUUACAUUCAAAGCGCUACAACAGCGGACACUUCGGCUAUCGGUGUAUGACGUAGACCGUUCCAAACGCCAUAAGCUGAUUGGGCACGCCCUCUAUCCACUCAAAGACCUCGACUGUGAAGCCCACCAGAAGGUAGUCAUGUGGCUGGACCUGGAAAAAGAAUGCACAGAGACCGUAUCAUCGGAAAUUGGCGACCUACACUUUUCACUCAACUACAACGACAGUAUAGAGCGACUCACUGUCGUUAUCAUCGAGGGCAAAGGCAUCCGACUUCUUGAGGGUUUUCAGCACGUCGACUGCUAUGUCAAGGUGUCUUUGAUGAGCGCCAGCAAAGUCAUCAAAUCCAAGAAGACAGAAGUGGUCAAGAAAACGUCCAACCCAACAUUCAACGAGUCCUUCCAGUUUAAGGUUCCCUCGAGUAAUACAGACAUGUUUAGCAUUUCAGUGACAGCCAUGCAGCAUGCACCGGCCAUGAAAGGUGAUAAACAGAUUGGGAGAGUGGUUGUAGGCCCGUUUAUGUACGCCCGUGGGAAAGAACUCGACCAUUGGAACGAAAUGGUCAGCCAUCCGAAAGAAACUAUUGCCCAAUGGCACUCGUUAACAUGAUUCCAGACUGCAGAGAGUAUGGGGAUCCAGACUAAGCUGAACUUGUCAGUGUUGAUCACGUGGCUUAGCGCGCAAACUCAACGAGGAAAUUCGGGGUCCCGCUGCCCGCAUUAGAUCCAAAGGUAACUUGAAACCACGGCGUUUCGUUUUCAAAUUGGAUGGCUACGUGACUGAGCAUUGAGCCUGUGAAUUGUUGGUCGGUCUGGAUGUGGUUAACUAGAGAAUGAGUGUCGGCACUGUAAACAUGUCUCUUUCGGUUUAACAAACUUCAUUGGAAAGAAAAAGGAGAAGCGAUUGGAAGCGAUAUGAAUAAUACUUUCAUUUUUAACAGGCCUUUGAAAAAAAAAGCAGAAAACUCUACUGGAUUGGGAAACUGUUAGAGCAAAAACUCGGACAUAAUGUGUGAAAUUUGGCAGUUUGCGGCUGGCGUUUGUUAUAACGUCACGUUGAAGACAAAAAUUCUUCCCUGUAAACCGAACUGGCGAGGGAUGUUUUUCUCAUUCCAAACAAAUGAAGUAUACAUUCAGAGGAAACGCCCCAAAGACUGGGCUGUGGGCAGGUCUGUGGGACACGACACACCGGCUGUCAUAUUUUGCCUCGAGCUCCGAACUAAGCCGUGAUUCAGCACCAGUUUCCUACAUGGAAAUUACAGAAGGCGCUGGUCUACAGAGGCUAAACAUCACAUGAUUGGAAGAAUGGAUGAAGGAAUGCUAGAUUGACAAAUAAAAAUGUUCUAAUAAAUUUGAAGUCCAAAAUUAAACAAGCAAAACACCCUUCUCUUGUUACACAUCAACCUAAGGCGAUGAUGCAAGCUUACACAUCCAAGCACCUUCCUUGGCUGAUUUGUCCGUAAGUCACGUGCUUUCUAUAGUGAACAAAUUAACAUCAGGAAGACCCUUCGGCUGUGUCCAAAAACUUGAUUGAUUUGAAACUUGCGCCAACGGCUGUAUGUUCCAACCAUUUUUUUUAUCCAAGUGAAUUACGGUUCACUUCUCUUGAGUGUUGUUGAAACAGCCUCAAACUGUCUUCUUUUUUGAAUGACAGGUGAAAGAGAAAUAGACCUGAAAUUCCUCAGAAAGAGAGCGCCAACCUUUGUUUACAUAUUUGUAAAAGAACGUGUAGUUGAUGGACAGGGGCAUGCCUGGUGUCUUUCGAUAAGUGCGAUUUAAAUUAAGGUUAAGAGAAAAUUAUGCAUUUUGCGUUAAUUGUAACUCGUUGACUUUGGAUUACAGUAGUUGUAACAAUACAUAAGUUGUUUUGUAUAAGACUACAUUAACAAAACCCAUUGUCUCUCUAAAAUAAGCGUAAAUUGAAAGAUAGGGCAUCUGAAGUGAUGAACAGCACCGAUAUGAAAUAAAUGUCGAGAAAAUUACAUGGAUCAGUGGUGGAAUUCUCACGAAAUUCGGUGUGAACGUAUUCUUAUCUGGGUCGCGCAGGUUAUUUGCCAGAAGACAGUGUUUAAUAGUGUAGGAUUAUUUUACGGACUGAUGGGUUGGAUUCGUUAUAAUUAAUAACCUGUACCUUUUCAUGUUUGGUCGCUCCGUAAUGUCCUUUCCCGUCAACCGUAAUGUACACGAUUAACCGGCAGUUACACUUGAAUCACUGUAAUGUUGAAGGGUUUACUCACUAUGGACUAUUAUAAGUUUCAGUUCUUUGUUGUUUUCCAAGCUGCAAUGUCAUCGUUCUUCAUAUUGUGUGAAUGUGGACAUCAGUAUGGGAAAUGUUUUUCCACACGGUGCAAUCGGGAACCAACAUCCCAAGUCUAGUCGUGAUGAAGUGUUUCCAUGGCUCGUGUGUCGUUUUUUUAUCUCACUUACUCGUGAGAUUCACUUCUAGCCGUGACUUGGUGAAAUGUAAAUAUCGGAUGUCAUUUUAAAUUUUCACACUGCAGUGUUUUGAACAAGUCGGAUCCGAAUUCCGAAGAGACAACAGGCCGUACAAAAAAGCUCAUUGUUUUCAGUUUCGUUCAUGGACUUUAUUUCUUGAAAUCUUACAGACUGUUAAAAAAGUUAGUUCAAUUUAUUGCCAUAGUUCCAGCCUAAGUUCAUUUAGUAGACAUAAAAGGUCUGGAUACUUCAAAGGUCUUCCUUUCACGUUAGACCUUCUCGGGCUUGAUGGAUCAGGUUUUGCAGAGUCAGUUUUUCUCAUCGUCUAAAACCAGACACAAGUAACUAAAAAUUCUCGAGUUUCGUUUGGUAUGCAUUCAAUGCCAAGAAUUAUAGAAACAUUGACUGGCAGUCCUGUCUUACGGGAAAAAAAUUUUUCCUACAACCGAGAGGUUUCGAUCUUCCCAUCAGUGGUUCAGUAACACGCAAAUAAAACUAAGGACGAGAAGAGGAAAAUUUAAACACCAAAAUUCAAGAGAUUGUUGUAAAAAAAAUGCCAAUAAAUGGUAAAACCGGCAAGCAGUCACGAAAAGGGACAACAGUGUCAUGUGGGCAUAUUUCAUUAUGAUUUACUUUAUUUGGGGAUAAUUUGGAUGACUUUAUACUUCAAAUAUACGCAUAGAUAAUUCGCGUGUUGCAGUGGAAUGCAAUUGUGCGGUGUAGUGAGACUAUGGAGAGAACCGUACUUCAUUUAGAAUUAUGAUCCAGUUAUUAUGAGGGAUUCGUAUGCCAAAUUAUGACUUUACCCUCAACGUAUGUGAUAUUCCAGUGUCUAUGCGAGGCAGUUCAUCUCACGAUGAGAAUGUUUACUUUGUUACAAUGACUACUCGGGAUUUGCCAGGAAUGAUUGACAGUUUCUAGUCACAAUUUCCAACCAUUUUUUUUUCUACAUUAUACGAGACAUACCGACACAAAUCCACCAUCUGUAGAUGGAGCACAUUUAUGUUCAUUCCGUUCGUGUGGUCGACAUGACGGUUUCAGUGAGCCAGCUCGGUAUUUAAAAAAAAAGGUCAUUCGAGAACAAAGCACACCAGCAUGGACCAUGUUCAACGCGUGUGAGUCAGCAUACGACCAUGUUGAUUGGGCCGACCUCGAGCGCGCGUAUUACUUUUCUCGAAUGAUCUCCGACGUAGAGCAAGUGCUGUUGGAAUACUGAAUUGGCUCAUUUGGGGAAGAAUGUACGUGUCCUUCCCCUCUAAAUCUGCUUUGUUCGGUUGUUCCCGAGAUUUAUGUCACUUGUUCAAUUUAUAUGGCGUUCUUGUUUCAUGGGCGGAGCGUAGGAAGCUUCUGUCAAUCCAAAUUUGUACCUGUCGCCAGAUCGACAUGGUUGAUUAUGUUUAUUGUAAGUUGUACAUUGUAAAUAGCAAAUGCGAUAUUUUACGUAGGUCAGAUCAGUAUGUGACCUUGUACAUGUAUAUACAAGUGCUGUUGUACAGUGCAUCUGAAUUUGCAAAUUAUUACAUUCCACACGUGAUCUCCGUUGGCCUGUUACUUAUGAAAUAAGUACAGAACAAAAAAAGAUGACUUUCGAUUCGAGUACUUUUCCCAGAUAAAAUGCAAUGCCAAAAAGUGAUAUGCUACUGGUGGUUUAGAAUUUUUAAAAAGGAACGUGGUCGACUUUGUAAAAACAGUACCUUCUGUACGGAAUGGGGAAAUUUAAAUAGUUAAACACCCUGAAAAUGUUCGUCGACAGGACAAUGUUUGAUCUAAAAUCUCUUUGAGUUUCUCUGUGUCUAUUUCCACAUGGGUAAAAUGGUGGCCAACGGAUAGAUGCCAAAGAUUUGCAAUAUUUCAACAAUACACUCAUCGAAUUCUAGACAAUGAUCCGCAGUGACACAGAAGCGCUAGUGAAGGGGUAUUUUUGUUUGGUCAGCCUACCAGCCAAUCAAAGUCGUGUGGGCACAACGUAGUCUGUUCAUGAGGAACGCGCGGUAUGUGAUUGGAUCUUAUCAACAUUUGUGAAGCAAGCCCAGCCCAUCAGCGCACAGCUAUCCAUAAAGCUAAUCAGUCAAUCAUUUUAGUCUUUUUCCUGAAGGACAUAAUGUCCAAAAUGAAUGUUUACUGUCACUCUUAACGCUGGUUCGUGUUUUAUCAAAAGUAGACCUGAUUGCUGUAGUGCGUGUAUGUGUGUGUCCAAAAUUGUCAUUCCAAGUUAAUUUUUUACCACUCAACAAAAGUAAAAUAUAAAUAUUAUUAUAUAUAUGCUUUGUGUGAUAUUCUGUAAGUACUUGUAUGUAUAUACAAAGUGUAUUAACGGAUAUUCAUAUUGCUAUUAAACAACUAUAAAAUUAUACAUUAUCAUACAGAAAUGAGCUGGAUAUUUCUCUGCAAAAUGGAAAAAAUGAUGAAAUAUAUAGAUAACUAUGUCUGAAAUUA